GCAAUAAGCCAAAAUUCGAUUCGGACAAAUAAAAAUUCGACGAUCGAGGAUUGCUCUCAUUCUGCUGCCCGAAUAUUCCACGGCUCUGCACAUCUCUCUCCUCUAACCUCUCUCAUAUCUUCUUGCAACUCCGUCUUGUUACAUGUUCCAUUACAACGUCCCAAAACAUCUGUAUGGUUCAGAGGAGAGAGUUUUGAUUCCCUGAGUGAAGGACCAUGAAGUUCUCCAAGAACCUCAGCAACCUAAUCGAACAAACGUUGCCUGAUUGGCGAGACAAGUUCUUGUCCUACAAGGAUCUCAAGAAGCAGUUGAAGCUGAUCUACCCCAAAUCAGGCGAUCCUAGUCUUACUAGUAGUAGUAGUAGCACCGUUAGAAGGCCCAAUAAACGGCCCAGAUUGACCGACGACGGCGACGCCGCCGCGGUGGAGGAGGAGGAGGCGGUGGUGGUGGUGACGAAGGAGGUGAUCGAUUUCGUGAGGCUGUUGGAGGACGAGAUCGACAAGUUCAACGCGUUUUUCGUUGAUCAAGAGGAAGAAUAUGUUAUCAGGUUAAAGGUGCUGCAAGACAGGGUAGCAGAGGCUCGGGAUUCAAAUGAGGAGUUGAUGACAGUAGGGAGGGAGAUCGUAGAUUUUCAUGGAGAGAUGGUUUUGUUGUUGAAUUACAGUGCCCUGAACUACACAGGACUAGUGAAGAUACUAAAGAAAUACGACAAGCGAAGCGGUGCUCUCAUUCGCUUGCCUUUCAUCCAAAAGGUUUUGCAACAGCCAUUCUUCACAACCGAUGUUCUAAACCAGCUUGUGAAGGAGUGUGAGACAAUGCUCGAUCAAUUUUUCAGCAUGAAUGAGCAAUUGGUCGUCGCAUAUCAAGCAGCAGCUGAAGGGAAAGAAGAGCUUAACGUCAUGUCUGGUGAAGGCAGGCUCCAGAAAAUUCCGGAAGAACUUGCAGAAAUUAAGAACAUUGAGAGUAUGUACAUGAAGCAUACUUCAACAGCUUUGGAGGUGUUGAAUAAGAUUCGAAGUGGAAGUUCUACAAGAAGCAUGUUUUCAUUGCCUCCACUGCAAGGUAACAAGGCAGAGGCGGCAUGGAAGAAAAUCCCUAUAAUAGAGUAACCAGCCAAGUAGUUCGGUGAAGUUUUUCUGUUUUAGUAGGUGUUAUCUCCCUCUUUUUUCCUUUGCAGAUGCUUUUGCGAGGUGCUUGAUUCGAAUGGGCCAUGUUCAAACCGUUGUUCUGUGGAACUCUCGCUAAACUUUUGUAAAGAAUUUUUGUUAAAUAAAAGAUGUGCCUUCUUCUCUCU